AUGGGCCAGGUGGAAAUGUAUUCAGGGUCUAUAGCAUUCGGACCAAGAUUUGAAAUGAUCAGCAUCCCAGAAGUGGUUGAAAGGAAACAUAUUAACAGUGUUUUGAAGCCAGAUUUCUCGACUCUGCAUCCGUGUCAUUGGAUUUCACAAAAGAAUUAUCCUUACACACAAAAGGACAAUAACAUGUUUUUGAACGGAGAAGAUGGUAAAUAUUCAUUUUGUUCCGUUUUGUGCGAUAUAUACUGGCCUAAUAACCAGCCAAUGUAUGCCUAUCCAAGAUUUGUUGCUCAAAGGCUUAUCAAAGAGCUGGAGGAUAAAUAUAAUCUACGGCUAUAUUCAGCUUUUGAACCGGAGUUUAGGGCUUUUGUAAAGGGAAGCUAUGAGUCAUCGUGUUUAGAACCAAAGUCGAACGACGUUACCCAAUUUAUUGACCUUAAAAAACCAAUCCCUUGGACAAAUUUUAGAGACAUGUACAGAACAAGUUUACUGUCCGUUUAUGAAAACUAUUUUGCGGAUAUUGAUUACAAUAUGCAGCUAGCAGGGAUCGAUAUACAAGAUUACAGUAAUGAAGAUGGCGAAGGACAGUUAGAAUGUCCGUUAAUACCAACAUGGGGGUUGUCGGCUGCAGAUAAUUAUUUUAUAUUGAAACAGGCUGUAAAAGAAAUUGGAACUAAACAUGGGAUGGAAAUUUCGUUUAUGACUACACCAUUACUGGAUUCCAGCUCUAGUGGGUGUCAUUACAACCAUUCUCUGUGGUACUCUGAUAAUAAUCGUAAUGCAUUUUACGAUGAUAAAGAUCCUGAUCGAUUAUCUACUCUAGCUCGUCACUGGAUUGGAGGGAUCUUGGAACAUUUACCAGCUAUGUUAGCUAUUUCUUGUCCAACAGUAAACUGCUAUAGAAGACUGCAUAAACAUCUUGCUCCCUCCUGUGUGAAUUGGGAUUUUCAUGAUAGGUAUGUAUCAAUUCGUGUAAAAAACUUUAAUGAGAGACAGACAUACAUAGAAAAUCGUAUACCAUCGUCCGCAUCUUGUUCUUACCAUGUGCUUGCUGCCACAAUAGCAGCUGGACUAGAUGGCUUGGAACGUCAGAUACACCCUCCACCUUCAGGUUUGAAACUAGCAAAUGGUCAAAUUGGUGUCUGUAAAGUACUUCCCAAUACAAUUCAACAGGCUCUACAUAGUCUUAUGGAUGACAAAAUACUUGUGAACAAGUUGGGAGCAGAUUUUGUUGAUUGGUAUAUUCAAGUAAAAAAGAAUGGAGAUUUGUCAUCACUUGGUCAUUUAAAUAUACAUGAUAAUACUGAAGAAACACUGGCUUAUGAAAGAUAUGAAUAUUUCAACUUUAUGUGA